GCUUACGCGGUGUUGCACUUUGCAAUUCAGUACGGUAAUGCGGUCGACGAGGCUGUAAGAACCUGUUUGGGCGACAAGUAUAAAAUGUAGGAAAAGAUAAAGGAUGGGAUGACGGUAACUGAGGAUCUGGUCUAUUGAUCGAGUGAUGGAUGUGUUGGCCAUGCCACGCUCAAAGCAAUCCACACGCGUCGCGAUCCUGUGGUCCGAUAGCAAUCCAGUCCGUGAAGACAUGAAGUUUAACAAGGAUGAUCAGGCCAAGGAGCUGGCAUCUACACCUCUUCGCAACCUUACAAUGACGCAACCUCAAUGUUCACGGCAAUUCUGUUUGACCAAAUACACAAGAGUAAUCACAAUGCAUUGGCUUGACGAGCUGCCUCUUUGGCAUUGCAUCACCGGCUUGGCCACUAACAACGCCAGAAAUGCUAGCAAGCCUUUCGGCCGAUGGACGUACUCCGUUCGGCAGAUCGUUGCUUUAUACCACAAGGACUACAUCCAAUGGCUCAGGUUGCCAAACAAGUACCCAGCACAAUGCUGCUUAGUUGAGUCUACAGAUGACCGUCCCCAGCGCAUCCCAACUGCCAAACUUGUAGCACACGUCAUUGCUAUGCUCGUUAGAGCCACGUAUUGCCGCUCCACUAUGAGGCCUAUUGCGACGACGAUGAUCAGGGUGCCGGUACACAUGACAGACCGUGGGAUGUGGAGCAGGGAAAGCUGAAGGAAUUUGUGGUUCUGCAUUUUGUCAAUCAUUAUCGAGCUGAGGUGGACAAUGCGUUGAGGAAUUUACUCGGGAAGAUGUAUGAGAAGUGGGAACGGAAUGAGAAUGGACUUGCAGUUCCAGGAGACUUGGUAUCUUGAGAGUUUGGUGUUGUUCACAUAUCAGGAGGCAAGAUGCGCGACCGGCGUAGGAGAAAGACCUGUGAAGGUUGUCGAGUUUAUUUAUAAGUGGAGUAUGCAAUACAGAAGAUGUCCCUGACGCCAACCUAAAUCACCAUCGUUAUUUCAACAAUCCCUCCUCUUCCCGCUCUUAUCC